AAUAAAAGAUACGCGCAACCAAGACGCCUUGCUGCAGGAAUUGAUGAAGUGCGGCAUCGUGAUAUACGAUAUCACGGAGGAUCAAAGCCAGGUCGAGGAGGCUCGAUGGGCACUGAAAUAUUGUUCCUGAGGAAGUUACGGUCGAAGGAAUGCUCGAACCAAGGCUACGUCAUGGACGGCCAUCCGAAGACGUUGGAACAAGCGAAGGCAUUGUUCGCCGGGGAAAACGUGGACGAGCUCGACGAGGAACUCAAAGACGAAGAAACCGAGAUAGAAACGACAGUGUCGAUCAUGCCCGAGUUGGUGGUGUCGUUGGAAGCUGGCGACGAGUUUCUGAAGGAAAGGAUUAUUCAACGACCUGAGAGAGAGAUUCAGGGCACCCAUUACACGGAGGAGCACAUGAUGCGCCGUUUGAAGGAGUAUAGAAAAAGAAACACCGAAGAUAAUACGCCCUUGAACUUUUUCGACGAAAUUGAAAUUCAUCCGUUCAUCAUCGACGUGGAAGACGACGUUUGCCCCGACAUGUUCCCUACGAUUUAUCAGUGUCUCCAAAGAAUUGGCCCGCCGAGAAACUACGGGUUAACCGCAGAGGAGGCGAGGGAUGCACGAAAGCGCGCCGAGGCAGAAGCACGUGCAACCGAAGCCGCCGUGAAAUUGCAAGAACAAAGGGAAUUCUUAGAACGCAGGCGUCUACGCGAGAAGAAGAUGGAAGAAUGGACGAAUCUGAUGGAGAAGCUGAAGGAAGAAGAAGAGGAGAGCCUCUGUUUGGCUGGCCUGCCGCUGCGCCACUAUUUGAUGAAAUACGUAUUCCCAACGUUGACGCAGGGACUCGUCGAAGUUGCGAAUUUGCGUCCUGACGACCCCGUCGAUUUUCUCGCUGAAUAUUUGUUCAAGAAGAAUCCAGAGGGUAAAAUGUUCGAGCCGGAGUACACGAGCACGAUGAGCUCGAUUCUGGACAUGAUCGACGAGUACGGCAGCUUCGUUCUACCGAAGGCAGAAGUCAGCGAGAAGAUGCUGGGAUUUUUGAAAGGAGAGGGCGAGAAGUCGGAGAGCGAGGAAAUGACGGAGAGCAACGAGUUGGACGCGACUUGUGUCACGCCGUGCUUCGCCUACGACGACGUGGACGCGUGCGAGGAUGGAGAGGAAACCGAGCGGACAGUUUCCGAGCAAACCUAAAGGAAGCAGGUUUGACGAAGCUCGAACGAGCCGGAAGGUCCUUCCCGAAGGACCGGGACGUCAGGCGAAACGGUCUGGCAAUUAAUUCGCUUGCACGUGGCAUCGCAAUGACAACAUUUGGCAUUCGUCGUCACCCGGAAUUCCUGCAAUCUGUUUGAGCUCGACAAGCUGAUACCCUACGAUAGCUCUCCUCGAUAG